UCGCCUGGACGACCUCUUUCGUCAGCGCUUCGGCCCGUUGCCAGACCUCCCGGACUGGCACAGUUUGCUUAGUCGUAAGAUUCAGAUCUUUGAUAUGGACAUGGAUGCCAUUGUUUCUGCUCUGCAUCCUAUCUGCCCGCGCGUGAUUCCAACUUCCGCCAUUGCUGCCACCCUUUCACCCUUGACUCUAGCCAGCAACCUAGAUGCAUAGGAGGCAUCGCCUUGGCUCUCGUUCCUCGAUUGCGACCGUGCAGUGUAACUAAGAAUCUUGGAUUAACAAUUCUCUAAGAAUCCACCACUCGAGCCGUCUGUUACUCUAUGGCGCUGCAGGCGUCGUGUGCCCACCCGUCGUGUGCCAUCCUGUGGACUUGCAACCGGCCCGGCGUCGACUAGCCUUGUAGGAACGAGCGUCUGUUAGAAUAUCGGCCGCAGAGAUCAGCAGAGAGUACGAAUUCUGGAGGUUAGAAUUGAGAAGACGCCUUACGUAGCAGUAGGGCAAGCUAAAUCCUGCCGACCAACCGUCUAUUAGGGUAAGGAGUCUCGAUAAACCGCCCGAUGUCAUCGUCGCCGUGGAAUGCGGCGGAUGCCGACGCGGACCCGGCCAUCAACGCGUGGUCUACGUUCGACGACAUGGUUUGGCUCGAGUUCGGCACCGACGACCACAUCGUGCCCGCGCAAGCCGCCGCGGCCCACGCGGACUGGCCCGCGGAGAUGGGGCGCGCGGAGGAAGGGGACCAGAGUGAGGUGCGCGAAGAAGGUGGAGCGGCGGACAUGGGGGGAAAUGAGCGCGUUGGGGACGACGCGGACAUGGGGGACGAUGCGGGGGAGCAGGCGUGCAAGGCGGCGAAGGCGUGUGAUGGGGGCGAUGGGUGCGCGGGGCAAGGGGUGAAUGAGCCGCGUGUGGGCCCCUUUAACGGACUGUCAAACGCCGACACGCGCGCUGCUGCUGCCGCGCCUACCGCGCCUGCUGCUCUUUCGCGUGCUGAGGUUGUGGGCGGUGUGGGGGAGAGCGGAGGGCGGGGAGGCGAGGGGGAGGGAGCGGCGGCAUCAGAUUCACACAGCGUGGCGGCGGCGGCGGACCACAACGGCCUCGUCCCGCGCCCCCUCACGCCGUCCGCUCUCCCUUCUGGCUGCGCGGGGAGCGUGGAGGGGCGAGCUGAGACGCACGCGGAGGGGGUGACGGAGGCAUCGGCGGAGAGGGGCGGAGGGGGCGCACGAGGGCGGAUGGCGGAGGCAGAGGAGAGACACAGAAACAGCAGCGCGGGGAGGGUGGGGGAAAUGGCGGGCAGGCAGGGGCUGGCGAGGGAGGGAGGCACAUGGCAACAGGGGAAGGGAAAGGUAGGGGGUGGAGCGGAGACGGCAGCAGGGGCGAUGGGAGGAGGCAUGAGGACUGCUGCCAGCGAUGCGCACGUGGCUCGUCGGCGAGUGGUGGCGCGGCGCCGCAACGAGAGGGAGCAGCGCACGCCCACGCCGAGGAAGACGGCGCACUCCGCUGCUGCCGCCACCGCCGCCCGCCCCACCACCACGCACCCGCACACGCACUCGCACUCUCACUGCGCCCCCCUCGCGUCGUCCUCCCCCACCGUUGCCUCUGCGCCGCCCCCUGUGCUGCGCCACUCCCUCAUGGCGUCCCCGUCCAUCCACCCGCCCUCCCCCUCCGUCUCCUCCCUCCACACCGCCCCCUUCCCCCUCUCUGCUCGCACUCCCUCCUCCCUCCCCUCGCUCCCCUCGCUCCCCUUCUUCCCCGUGGCCCCCCUGCCCGCUGUCGCCAUGCGUCCCCCCGCGCACCUGCCCACGGCGUUCCUCUCGUCCGCGCUGCCCUCCGCGCUGCCCUCCUCGCCUGCCGCCUUCGCCCUGCCCGGCGGCCCGGCGCCCUCCGCGGCCUCGCUGCCGCAUGGGCUGGGUGCAGGGCACCACGCUGCUUUCCUGGGGCAGCAGCAUCAACAGCAGCAGCAGCAGCAGCGGGUGCUGGGGCGACAAAUGCUGCUGUACCAUCAGCAGCGGCUGCAGCAGCAAGAGCAGGGGGCGGGUGUGGAGCAGCAGCAGCAGCGGCAGUGUGUGGUGCAGAAGCAGCGAGUGCAGCAGCAGGAGGAGGUGGAGAGGGGCAAGGAGGUGGUGGCAGCUCGGCACGGCUGUGCGCCCAUGGGCGCCACCACCCACACGAGCGCCAGCGGCGGCAGCACAGGCGGCAGCAUCAGUGCCGCUGCCACGCACGUGCUCCCUGCCAGCCUCGCAGCAGGAGCAGCAGGAGCAGCAUCCAUCUUCAUCCGCCCCACGCCACCUCCCCCUCCCAAAUGGCCUGUCUCUCUGCCCGCCCCUCUCAUCCCGCCCGCCUCCCACCUCGCCCUCUCCUCCGCCCUCCUCCCCUCCACCCACUCGUCCACAUCCACUGCCCCCUCCCCGCCUCCACCCGCGCCUGUCCUGGGCGCGGGCACUGCUGGUGCUGGGGGCAGUGCAGGGGCGGCAGCAGCAGCAGCAACAGCAGCAGCAGCAGCAGCAGCAGCAGCAGCAGCAGCAGCAGCAGCAGGUGGGGUGGGGUGCACGAUGACGCCGGCGGAGAAGAUAGAGAAGCUGCGGCGGCGGCAGCAGAUGAAGGCGGUGCAGCAGGCGCACAUGGCGCUGGAGCGCAGGAAGCUGCAGCACCUGCACCACCUGCACACGGCGCACCAGCUGCACCAGCUGCAGCAGUUACAGCAGCUGCAGCUGCAGCAGCAGGUGGAGUUGCAGCAGCGGUUGAGGGAGCACGGGGCAUCCAGCAUGGCGCAGCACGCCGCUGCCAGCCCAUGCGGCGACACGCCCGCCACUUCCACACGAGCAGCAGCGAGUGCGGAUAGAGCAGCAGAACUGGCAGUGGCAGCAGCGGCUACUAGUGUCAGCUCUGCUGCGGAUAGCGCUGCUGCUGCUUCUGCUGCUGUUGCUGCUGCUGCGGCUGGUGGCGCGGCAGGCAGGCGGGCCCAGGCGUGGGCCCCCCCAGCAGGCGCACCGCUGGCCGUGGUGCUGAGCUCCAGCAACCUGCAGGCGUUCGGCGCGUCCUCGGAUGUGCUGCCCGCGCCGCAAGGCAGCGACUGGACGGUCCCACCCGCCUGCUCAUCCGCGACGCGCUCUUCCGCCUCGCCCACAGCGCCUCUCAGCGCACUGCUGCCCUCCCCGCUCCUCCCCACUCGCCUUCCUCCCACUCCGCUCUCUCCUCCCACACUCACUCCCUCGCAUCCCCCUCCCUUCGCCGUCACGCGUCCGAGCCUACCACUGCUGGCAGGCGCCGCACCUCGUGUCCAGCCUCGGAAGCAUCUGUUGCGGCGCCCAGCUCAGGUGGCAUGCACUCCAGUGCCGCGGGUGCUGCUCAUGCGGCCUUCGGGGCGGCGUGCGAGUGGGACAGCAACGCCAUGGACCGCGCCAUCGCCAACCUGCUCUUCCACCGCCCCGCCCACCCGCCAACUCCCCCCUCCGCCUCUCCCCCUCCUGCCGUCACGCAUGCUGCCUCUGGGGCGUCUCCCAUUCGUCCUGCACAUGCUGCUGCAGCAGCAGCGCCAGUGGGCGCAGGAGGUGAGGGGGGAAGAGCAGGAGAGGCUGUGGCAAGGCGAGCAGGGGGCGAGGGAGAGGCGGGUGCAGCGCCUGCUCUUGCUGCCGCCCUCUCUUCCCCUCCCUCCCAUGCCGCCCACUCGCCCCGUCCCACCCCCAUGCACAUCUCCUCCCCCCUCUCCCCCCAUGCGCACUCCCCCGCUCCCCCUGCAACCCCGCCCGCUCACCCAUGGCCACCACCUCGCCGUGUGCCCCCGCCCUCUCUGUGUCCCACUCCUUGUGCUCCUCGCCCGCCCUCGCCUCCCCUGCCACGUCGGCCCACGCGCCCUCCUCCACCCCACCACGUCCCUGCCACUCCUCCCUGCUGCCUCCUCAUCCCUCUCCUUUCAGCAGCAGCAGCAGCAGCAGCAGCAGCUGGCCAUGCUGAUGUGGCAGCCCCGUGGCCUGCCACCUGGCACCCGCUGGCUACCAAGCCUAGCCAGGGCUGCUCCAGACCUCGUUAUCCAAGCCUCGGAGGCAGGCUUGGGCAAGGCUGGGAACAAUGAGAGGCAGGGAAUUGCAGCAGCGCAAGAGGCUGCAGUGGGGGCGAUGGUGCUUGGAGGAGGCAUUUCAGGUGACGCCUGGCGAUGUGUCUCAGGUGGUACUUCAGGUGCGUCUGAAGCCUCUCUGCCAUCCAGGCUGCCGGCCCUUCCCCCCACACUCUCGGCAUCCUCAGGCCGUCCAGGUAGCCUGCUGCCACUGGUGUGUGGCAUGGGCGAGGGCAGCAGCGGGGGCGGCAGCAGCAUGAGGGCGCAGCAGGCGUUCAGCGAGAUGCUGUGCCGCCAGCACACGCGCGAGGACGGGGCGCCCAUGGGGGCAGGGGACCACCCUGCUGCCACACAUGCUCUGGGAGCCGGCUCGGCACGGGCACGGGCGUGGAUGUAGGCAUGGACGUGGGUGGGGAGUUGGGGGCGGUGGUGAGAGGUGGGAUGAGUGUGCUGGGCCGUCCUGCUAACUACCGCUUCCCCUCGCAUCACUUUGGGUAGCCAGUGCUGCCCAGGCAGCAUUACAGCAGCAGCAGCAGCAAGGUGUGCGGUGCGUUGUGAUGCGAGGACAUGAGGCGAGGCGCCAGCGUUACCGCCAGUCAGAAGCGUGUGCAGUGCAGUUUUAGUCCCUCCAGUUGCGCGCUGCUCGCACCUUACUUCCACCCCACUUGUUUUUUUAUAUGGGUUGACUUGCCAAGCUCUCAUGAGCGCUCAUCUCAGCUGCUGCUGAGAUCGUAGGUGAAAUUCUGUGUGUGUGUGUGUGAGU